AUGCAGGAAGACGCUCUGAAGCUGGUGCUGCUGGCGCUGGAGGACGGCUCGGCUCUCUCGCGGAAGGUUCUGGUGCUGUUUGUGGUGCAGAAACUGGAAGCGCGCUUCCCUCAGGCGUCUAAGACCAGCAUCGGUCAUGUAGUGCAGCUGCUGUACCGCGCCUCCUGCUUUAAGGUGACCAAACGUGAUGAAGACUCCUCCCUCAUGCAGCUCAAGGAGGAGUUUCGCACUUACGAAGCCCUGCGCCGCGAACACGAUGCUCAGAUCGUUCACAUCGCAAUGGAAGCGGGACUGCGCAUCUCACCGGAGCAGUGGUCGUCUCUGCUGUACGGGGAUCUCAUGCACAAAUCUCACAUGCAGUCAAUCAUAGACAAG